AUGGAAGGCGCAGUGAUGCGACACAUGUUGCCAUGCUCCACUCUGUUGGUCUCGCACAACAACCUUCUGACCACGGUCGAUGAACAUUGCGCAUGCUUUAUCGCAGAACAAUAUAUGUUCAUUCAUGUCGUGAACCACUACUUCGGACUUGAUUCCAAUGGCUCGACGAGUCAUUUCCUGGAUCUGUCGUCAUACUACCAUGAUCGAUCUUCCUCCUGUGCACAUGCCUUAUUCGAAAUGAUCCCACGGAUUGCUACUUUUGCGAGAAGAGCUACUGAGACUUACCCCAGGCAUCUCGACCCGGGUAUUAUCGAGGAGUUUCACACUAUUGAGCAAGAAAUCUUGUCAUGGGAGGUGCCAGAACCAGUGGAUACCAGAACGUAUGCCUGGCCAGCACCGGACAAAGAUGAAAUAACGGCAGCCCUUUUCACACAAAUGGCGCUCAUUAUCACUCUUCAAUGUGCCCUCAACGGCCCUGGAAUCCCCAAACCAUACAUUAAGAGGCAAGUUGACGCUAGCUUAUGCGAAGCGAACCUGCUCUUGAAACAAAUAUCAUCAUCCAGUAUGGCAUGGGCAAUGUUACUCUGGCCUCUUGCCCAUAUUGGGUCGUGUAUUACAUCUCAAACGGAGCAGGAAGAUUAUGUAUCGAUGAUUCUCGGCAUCGAGGACAAAGUUCGUGGCUGCGCCGUUUCCAUCUCAGUCUUGGUCAGAUUGUGGGAAGCCGCCCGGGAAGAUGAAAGAUAUUAUGGCCCUUUUGGGAUCCAAGAGUUCAUGAAGAGAGAACAAAUCACGCCGUGUAUGGGAUAG